AUGUCAAACUCGCCCAUCACCCAGGUCUCGGAGUCGCCCAUCACCCAGGUAGCCCAGUACUCCCCUGGACCUGACUCCCCCUCUGGCCAGGCCUCCUUCCCCUCAAAGCUCCUCCUCGACCUCCGUGGCACCCGCUUCGAGAUCGACCGCGAAGUCCUCGUCUCCCUCCCCGAAUCUAUCCUCAUCGUCAUGUUCCCCAACGGCCUCAUCCUCGGCCGUGGUCACUCUGACCCCUACGACGACGACGACGACAACAACUCGGAGGAAUCCAUCUCACUCGAUGACCAAAUCAUCUUUGUGGACUUUGACCCCGCCUGCAUGGACUAUGUCCUCGACUUCUACCACGAGGCCCAGAUGGCCGGCGAGGCCCAGAGACUGGCCAACCCCAACGCCCACAUCCACAACAGCAACCAGCAUAACCUUGCCGCCCAGAACCCCUUGCUCAACAAGCAGGCUAUUAUCGUCCUCCGCGAGGAACUCGACUACUUUGCAGUCAUCCCCCCCAAGACCGGCUUCCUUGCCAAGGACGACGCCCCCGCCACAGGACCCGUCCAUGCUGACCCCUCCAAGGUCAACGUCAAGACCCAGUGUGGGACCCACCUCUUAGAGCAGCGCAAGAUCUUUACCGCACUGCAGCGCAACAUCAACAAGGAGAACAACGUUGCCGAACAGCACCUUAUCGAUAUGCUCUGCGUUUCUGGCUUCUCCCGCGACGACGAGUGGGGUUACCGUGACAUCGAGCCCAAAAAGACGUCCAUCGUCAGUAUCGCCCUCGUCAUGCUCAAGACCACAGGAAGUGGCAACCAGAUGGCCACCGCCCAAAAGUUGCUCCUCUUCUGGAGAAAGCCAGCGAGGAAAUGCUGGUGGGAUGGCGUUGAAGUGGAGCUGGAUCAGGAUGAGCACAAACUGCCCAUUCGCCUCUGGGCCAGACGGACAUGGACUCUGGAAUUGGUCCUCGUUUAA